ACUGUGAACGUUCACUGACAUGAAUCUAAUUUGUUUUUGUAGUUCGUGACACGUUAAGGAAUUAGGAAAUGUUAAAAUUCAUCAUAAAUGCACGCUAAUUAACAAAAAAAGGAUAGUCUUAAGUUUAGUUGAAACGUAGAUUAGUAGACCAAUAAAAUACUGAGAAAAUGGAUGCAGCUGCGUUGCAUGCCCCCGUGGACUUCAACAAGUCUUUGGAGGAAAUGACCCCUGAAGAACGUAUGCGCGCCGAGCAUCAACUCAUGCACGAAAAGCAUAAAGGCCAUGAAGCUAUGCAUUCAGAGAUGGCACUUAUUCUAUUCAUAACACUUAUUGUGGCACAGGUGUCAUUGGUGGAGUGGAAGAAACGUCAUUACAAAUCCUACUCGGUCAUCACGCUGCUUGCGAUGUGGAUAAUACCACUAGCGAUAUCGAUCUUUUACAGUUUUAUACGGUUUAUUAUUAUUUGGGUGGUAUUUUCCUCAUUAACAGCUUUUGUUAUUAAAAAAGCAGUCAGCAAACCAAUACAACGCACUUCUCCAAGAUUAGUCUACAAAUGGUUUCUACUAACUUAUCAACUGAGUUAUUGCUUGGGUAUUGGUGGCUAUAUUGUGAUGAUGGCUACAUUUUUAGGCUUUAACUUUAUCUUCAACAAAGCACCAAACGUUUGGAUGGAUGCAGGCCUGAUGUGCGUGUUCUAUGGGCUUUAUAUCGGCGUAUUGGGGCGUGACAUAUCAGAAAUUUGUUCGGAAAAGAUGGCAGUGCACAUUGGGUAUUAUACUCCGCAAGGCAUACCCACUCGUCACCUAGACGACAAUGUUUGCGCAAUUUGCGGGAAUCCACUCCUUGUCAACGAAAAGGAAGAAGGUCUAUUUGAAAACACAUAUAAGUUGAGUUGCAAUCAUGUUUUUCAUGAAUUCUGCAUUCGAGGUUGGUGCAUCGUGGGUAAAAAGCAGACAUGUCCUUACUGCAAGGAAAAGGUUGAUCUCAAAAAAAUGUUUUGCAAUCCCUGGGAGCGACCGCAUGUUCUUUAUGGUCGUUUGCUCGAUUGGAUUAGGUGGCUUGUGGCUUGGCAACCUCUCAUUUUCUUCAUAGUGCAAGGCAUAAAUUGGGCGCUAGGUUUAGAAUAGUAAACGGUAUUUCCUCUAGUCGGUGUUCAGCAAAACAAAAAUAUCAAACGAAAUAUAUAACUUGUAACAGUAUCACUAA